AGCCAGGCCCCGAAGCCACCAAGCCGGACAGAAUUGUGCAAUCCUGGGCCAUGCCCGCCAAGGUGGGAAGUGAAAGAGCUUGCCCCUUGCCCCGUGACCUGUGGCGGAGGGAAAAUAGCUCUCUCGGUUCGCUGUGUCAGGCAGGACGGAAACACAACCCGCACCCUUCCUCACUCGAAGUGUGGCAGGAUACGGCGGCCAGCUAGCAGCAAAGAAUGCGCCACUGAGCCAUGCCCAGCAAGGUGGUUCUACAAGAAGGGCACGUGUAGCGCAAGCUGUGGCGGAGGCGUGAUGCGGAAGCUCCUCUACUGUGCGCGGGAGAUGCGGGAGGAGGAGGAGGUCCUGGCCAGGGCGUUCUGCGAGAGUCUGCCUCGCCCUGCAGAGCAGGAAGCGUGCAACCUGCAGCCCUGCCCCCCGAGGUGGAAAGUGAUGAAAGCUGGCCCGUGUUCCUCUCCCUGCGGGCUUGGCAUCGCCACGCAGGCCAUUUCGUGCGUGCAGCUUUCCGGAGGCCUGGAGGUGGAGCUGGCUGGAAACAGGUGCCUGGAAACAGAGAAGCCCCCGACCAAGGUGCCCUGCAUCGUUCAGAAGUGCCUUUACGAGUGGCAAUUCACCCCGUGGACAGAGUGCUCCCUGUCUUGCGGAACUGGCAUCCAGAGACGGCAAGAUUUCUGCAUCAACCCCCAAACUGGGGCACGGGUGAACCCCAUCUUCUGCAUGCGUUCCCCAAAGGCCUUGACAGUGCGCACGUGCUCAGUCAGGGCCUGCCUCGAACGGGCCGCAGCAGACGCGGUUCUCGAGCAGGCUCUCCGGGCUCAGCCUCCAGAGCAGCCGACAACAGCGCCGGUCGCCCUUGGCCCUGGGGGACUCGGAAACGGGACCUCAGGCCUUCUGCCACUCAGCAGACUGGUACCUUCUGCGAGACGAUCUGAAGAGAUGCCAGGAGAUGAUGAUGCCGAGGAGAAGAGCCAUGCAGGCCUGUCCCUCGUGUUGGGGUCUAAGUGGAUGUAGCUUUCGUAUUGCAAAGAAAUUGUUUUGGCCUUAAUUAUGUCAGAAGCACAUCUCACAAAAGCCUUUCACCCUCCUAGGCAGCAAA